AGUGAAGCAUCGUCAGCGAGAAUCGCCUUGACAUCGCCAGUGGGCCACGACACUCUCCUCCCCGGCAUUAGACACCCAUGACCAGGCCGUCGCCUUUUUUGGAGCCGGGUCUUCGGACCUCGGCGAACUCUCUCGCCAUUGUCGGUCUGUCGCGCGACAAUUACCAGCCCAUCACCCUUGAGCUGUCCGCUGGAGCUGUGGACGGAUACGCAGAGGGCGCAACACUCAACACGAGGUUCGGGUCGUUCCCUCACUCUACCCUCAUUGAUGUGCCGUGGGGGUCGCAGGUUCGCGCGUCAGUCGUCGACACGGGAUCGCGCGGGCGCAAGCGGAGAAGGGACGACGUGGAGAGCGAGAGCACACCCAUGCCAAGCCAUGACGAUACCGAUGACAAGCCCCCGGCGCAACAAGCCCUCGCGAAAGCGGUGACCGCAUCCAGUGGCUUCAUCUAUCUUCUGCGGCCCAGCCCUGAGCUGUGGACGAGUGGCCUCCCGCAUCGGACGCAGGUUGUCUACACACCCGACUACAGCUACGUCCUCCAGCGCAUCCGAGCUAGGCCAGGUACGCGCCUAAUAGAGGCGGGUGCUGGCAGCGGCAGCUUCACGCACGCCUCUGCGCGUGCGGUGUACAAUGGAUACCCUCGGAGCGAUACAGACAAGAGGGGCAAGGUCUUUAGCUUCGAAUACCACCAGCCGCGCUUUGAGAAGAUGCAAGAGGAAACUAAGGACCACGGCCUCAAUGGCAUCGUCCACAUCACGCAUCGCGACGUGUACCAGGACGGAUUUUUGAUAGACGGCACGUCGCCUCAGGCCACGGCGAUUUUCCUCGAUCUGCCUGCCCCUUGGGAAGCGCUGCACCACUUGUCAAGAAAAAAGAUUCACAAGGGAGGGAAGCCCGACGACAGCGACGGUGCCUGGGAGUCAGCCUUGGAUCCGAAGCAGAGCGUCCACAUCUGCACUUUCUCGCCAUGCAUUGAGCAGGUCACAAGGACGGCCCUAGAGCUUCGCACUUUGGGAUGGACCGACAUUGACAUGGUGGAAAUAUCCCACAAGAGAAUUUCCGUCAUGCGGGAGCGAGUUGGGAUCAACUACACGAGCGAACGCGGCAUCAACGCCACGCCUGCCGACGUAACCGAAGCGGUCAAGAAGCUCAAGAGCGACCUCAAGCGGACGCAUGAGUUCCACAAGGGGCACAAGCCCGAUAGCGUCUCCGAGUCAUCCGACACCAAAAUGGACACGGACGAUGGUGCCUCAAAGCUUGAGAAGAACGGAGGCGACGAUUCAGUGGCGCCAAGCGAGCCCCCGCUCAUGCAGGGCCGCGUCGUUCACCGCACCGAGAAUGACCUCAAGACACACACGUCCUACCUGAUGUUUGCCGUCUUACCGCCGGAGUGGGACGAGGAGGCAGAGGCCGCGGCUUUGGCAAAGUGGCCCUGCGGUCAGGAGAAGAAGACGAUCGGAAAUCUGGACAAGCAGGCGCGGAAGCAGGAGAAGAGGGAGAUGUUGGCGAGCAAGAAGUCGAAGAAGCAGAAAGUGCAUGAUACCCCGGCACCGGCGUCUACAUGAAGCCUUGUGGCAGAAAUAAACUUUCAAUUGGUCUUCGAGCCAGCGUCCGACAAAUACUACGUGUUGAUGGCAAUUUCAAUGGCUUUCAUUCGCCCUGCAGACGGACCAGAAGCUUCUUGGCCGCCUUACCCUCAGCAUAGUACUUGAUGGCAUCGACCAGCGCCCCCCAGCCGGACUCGUCAAACACAUCGAACUCGAUGGGCCCGAGCGUGCCCUUGGCGACAUGCCCCUCGAGAACAGGGACCAGCUUGGCCGUCUCUUCGCUGAUGUGCCUGCCAAUGUCGGUGUCUCGGCCGAGCAUGCCGAUCCUGACCUGGUACUCGUUGAUGCCGGCCGGGACGGUGUAGUUAUUGCUGUCGACCCAUGAGCGUCGCUCGUCUUUGACCUGGGGCAUAGGACGGAGAGACUUACACAUUGUCCGUGGUGCUAAAGAACUUGGCCUGCGCAGUGGACUCGGCGAGGAUCUUGAAUCCCGCCUCGUGUGCCUGCCCGCUGCUGUCCCACACGAGGCCGACCUUGCCGCCGGUGAUGGACUUGACCUCGGCGGCCUGCUCAUCGGGCGAGGCGCGGUUGCUGAAGGCGGCUUCGGCGCCGCUGGCUAGGACUUUCUGAGAGACGGAC